AAAUAUCCUACGAGCCGCAUCAUGGGGGUGUGACUAGUCAGCUGAUGUGCACGGCCGUAAAGUCACGCGAGAUCAACAUCAAAUUUGCUUUCCUUUAAAAUUACAUCGACAAAACAUUUAAUCUACUUUAAAAAUAAGGGAAAUGGCACUUCAUUCUGCGGGUAAAGGCAAACUUCUAGCAGUGAUUGGCGAUGAGGACACAUGUGUGGGUUUCUUACUGGGUGGAGUAGGAGAGAUCAAUAAACAUCGCCAGCCAAAUUUUAUGGUUGUUGAUAAAAAUACACCGGUAAGCGAAAUAGAGGACACUUUUAAGCGAUUUAUCAAGCGCGAUGACAUCGAUAUCAUCCUUAUUAACCAGAAUGUAGCUGAGAUGAUUCGUCAUGUAAUAGACAGUCACACUCAACCCAUACCCGCUGUAUUAGAAAUCCCGAGCAAAGAUCAUCCUUACGACGCUAGUAAGGAUUCCAUCUUGAGACGCGCCAAGGGAAUGUUCAAUCCAGAAGAUAUUCAUGCAUAAUGUGUAUAUACAGUGCUAACUUAACUGUUACCAUAUGCAAAGGAUUUAUAAUAAAUUAGAACUAUUUGUUUCUUGCA